CUCAACAUGCUCCUCCUAACGCGUAAAACCAGAAUAUCUGGAUUUUACGCGUAAAUAACGCGUCGCUGCAACCCAUUCCACAAGUUCUAAACUUCAAUGCCGUUCCAUUCCCACUACGGCGUGACGCGUCGAUGACAUCACGACCAAUUCCAUCGGUCGCGCUCGCAGGCUCGCAAUCGAACAGAAGAAGUGAGCGAGUCACGUCAGGCAGGAGGACUCCGCGGCGUUCGGCACAAUAACAUACCUGUACACACUCCGGGCUUUACUAGCAGUUGGAGCGUAGACUGAGCUUGCGAUCUGAGCCUCAGCACACCGCCUCCGGUUCGCUUCGCAAAGUGAACGAGAUUUUUAUGCUAAAGUUUCCAGGAUUUGUUUAACCUCCUGCGGACGAGAGCGGAAUGAGCGACUUUGCAAUGAUAAACUGUUGCCUGAUUCUCGGGGCUUGUCUUCUGUCCAGCCAAGCGGUCUGGAGUCAGCGUGUUCGAGUGGAACCUGAGGUCACUGCGUAUCCAAAUGGAUCUGUCAAUCUGCGCUGUCAGUUCACCAACAGCGGAACUACCAAACUCACACAGGUUUCGUGGAUGUUUGAGCGUACAGAGGGUGAUAGGCAAAACAUUGCUGUGUUUCACCCCCUAUAUGGAGCCAGUUUCCCUAAUAAAGACUUUGAACGGCGAGUAUCGUUCACUCAGGGCACCCUGGAGAACCCCUCCAUUAAGAUCGACAAACUGAGAAUGGAUGAUGCUGGCAGGUACAUCUGCGAGUACGCCACUUACCCCAGCGGAAACGAGCAAGGAUGGACCACUCUUAUCAUGCUGGCCAAACCUAAAAACUCUGCUAGCGCCAUCCCGGUGCGAGCCGGCUCUUCUGAGGUGGUCGUUGCCAGUUGCGAAGCGGCCCAAGGAAAACCAGAGGCAACAAUCUCCUGGAUUACAACCAUCGCAGGCCGCUAUAACCACACCUCGGUGCCCGAGAGGGACGGGACGGUGACCGUGAAGAGCGAGUAUCGGAUGAUCCCGACACCUGCUGAAAAUGGGAAAGAAAUCACCUGCGUGGUGAAUCAGAGGACGCAGACUGAACCCAGAGCCUUCCCGCUGAAGCUGGUGGUGGAGUAUCCACCCACUGUGACAAUAGAAGGCUAUGACUAUAACUGGUAUAUGGGUCGGACUGAUGCCGUUUUGACCUGCCAAGCUGAUGCCAAUCCAGCACCCACUGAGGUUACCUGGAAAGUCUCGUCGGGUCAGCUGCCGCCUUCGGUACGAGUGGAUCAUUACCGGCUGCUGGUGAGGAAGGUGGACGAAACGGUGAACACCACUUUUGUGUGUGAGGUGAAGAACAGUCUGGGCUCUGGCAAGAAAGAGCUAGCCGCCACGGUCAUCGAGUCAACUGAAGACCCGUCCAGCGCUGGCGUGGUAGCCGGAGCCAUUCUGGGAAGCUUCCUGGCCCUCGUUUUGGUCGGCGCUUUGGUCGCCGUGCUAGUGAUGCGAAGUCGCCGCCAUCAGCACGGAUAUUCGGGCGACGGCGAGCAAGGUGCUUACGGGAACAAAACCCGUCUUUUUGGCGGCAAGAAAGCUAGCAAGAACGGCGCAGGAGCCAACAACAACGGGCCGAUCUACACGUACCGCGAAAGCGAGCCAGGCGCCCUAGCGGAGAAAUGCAACGAGUUCCCUCGCAUGACCGGAAGCACGCCGACCGCCCACGACAUCCUCCUGAGCGGCGAUUUGAACGAGGCCGAGCGCAGGAAGUUCGACGCCCUCAACGACAGUUUGGAAGAUGAAGAAGAGGACGAAAGGUACGACCGUUUCAGCGGGCUGCCGCCCAGCUACCAAAUCCACCGGCACGAAGACGACUGCACACCUUACCUGGACGACGACAUGGAGUCCCAGCGGGACGGGUCCAUCAUCUCCCGGACUGCCAUUUACGUCUAGACGAAGCAGAUAAUACACCUGACUGAUAUAUUACUUGACCUUUCAAAACAAAAAGACGGAAACUAAGGAGCGGAAGCAGCUAAUGUCUCAUCUAUGGAUGAAGGUGUUCAUCAUCAACCCGAAAACACAAAUUAAUGCUGCUCACCUCAUGAAAUGUACUGAAAAUUAGUGAUUUUGGUUGUUGUGUAACUGUAACUUCCCAUUUAACGCCCAUUAUAGCCAGAAUCCAUCUGUUCGUGCUUCAUUCGCAGAGUAGGCUUUUGAAGUGAAAAGAAAGCCUUGUGAUUAACCAUACAGGAUUGUCAAUGCCAUACAAGCAUGAGUGACCUAAAAGCUAGGGCUGCUCGCUCCAGGUUCCAUACGCCAGGCUUCUUUUAUCAAAUCCCAGGAAUGGCGUCUUCGAGAACAGCUGGAUGUUUUGUUAGAGAAACCGAAAACAGGCUCGCUCCAGCAUCUGGGUCAUUCAUCUGUGGCGGCGAUCAGCUCCAGCUGUGAACGCCUUUAACUUUCCUCCACUAUUUUUUAGCUCUCGUUCAUUAAUCGGAUGUCUUGUUACGCUAAAGGAAUUUUCUGAAUGACUCGAGGGGUUGCGGCGUAAUAGUGCUUUUUCUCACUCUCUGUACUCUCCUGUCAACCUCUGCAGAAUGGAUUGUUGCGGGCCAUGUUUAAUUCAGAGUGUUGUGCAUUAGCCGUGUGCAUUUUGGGCUGAUGCAUGUUUUUCCCACUCCCUGAUUAAUCCAGUUAUAUCAAAACCAUUGAAUACAACAUCUAAAAACUGCAGACACGAGCACUAGCUCCUUUUCAGGAGGAAAUUGACUUGUGCUGUCACUAAAACAGAUUAAUGCACACAGUAGAUUGGCGGCAAAAGGAAACGUAACUGAUGUGCCUUUGAGUGUGGGAUUAUGUGGACGGCGGAGCGCUUGACGGACCUCAGCGGGGAGCGUUAAGUCAGCCGGCAUAUGCUGCCCGGUUCAACGGAGUCCACGGUGUUGAAACACUGCCAGCUGUGAAAAAAGGUCAAGGGGCGAAGCGCUCUCACCGUAUGUUCGGCUGCGAGAUUAGGCCACUCGCUUUACCGAGUCCCUCUGGAGCGGGUCAGCGGUUUGUUUUGAAGCCUGGCACAUAAGCCGACUUUGACAAAAAAAGACAUUUUGGAUGAACUACGUGUUUGUAAGCGUAACAGUGCCCAUCCAGAUGUGGAUUCAUUAGUCUCUGGGUUGUGCGUGCUUUGCAUAAUAUCAUGCUGCUUCGGCGGUGCUUUGAAUCGCUUGAGCCGUGACUCAUUCAUCCUUGGUUUCACAGCAUCGGUGGAGGGAGGUUAGAGCGAUAAUGACAAAGGAGCAACGCGCUCACCGACGCGACUCUACCCAGACAGAACUCCAUAUCCAGCAAAGCAGAUAUAGCAUGAGUAAUUUGGAGAUUAUACUAUCUGGACCCAGUGACUGUAAAGGCGGUAGUUACUCUAGCCUACAGUGUUCACCCACGCUGCAGACUUGCAAGGCUGUUAAUUUUUAUCCCCCCCUCUCCCUAAAGCGCUUCAAGUUGCAUCACUGCACUGAAAAAUAAGGAUGGGAAAGCUACUUUUCUGAGCACUGCUCAGGCCUUGAAGUAUUCAAGCUGAUAAUGACAAAAAUUAAAGAUGUGAGAGCUUAAUGCACCAGUGAAUAGUGUGUUGUUUUGCAGUAGCAAAGGUGUUCAUCUGUUUAGUAUUCAUUUGAAGUCGAUGUCGGGCGGAUUCAUGUAUUUGGAUGUUACUGUACUGAACGUUUAAAAUGCUGUUCCAGACUUGAGAAGACUGAAAGAGCAAUGUUGCCAAAUCAAGUUUUCACAACUCUUAGUGUUAGUGUUUUAAUAGAAGUUUUGUUAAACGUUUUUGAAUGUUAUUAUAGGAUAUUAGUAGUAAGGGUUACAUAGUGAUGCCAUGUUCUCAUUUGCACAAUCCCAAGGCUACAUAAAGAUUAAUUAUUGAAAUAAUUGGUCGAAAUUCACAAAAAAAUAUGUCUGGGUCAGAUUUCACUGCAGAAUCUAAUGGAAAUGAUUAAGAAACUUUAUUUUGCAUAAAGAAAAGGCUCUCUGAUUUAAAUGUAAAAAUCAUAUAUAGCAUUUUUUUUUACUGUAUCCAGUAAAGCGAUCAAAAUAUAAAAAUGUAGCAAUUUACAUAUACUACCAGUCAAAAGUUUUUGAACAGUAAGAUUUUUUUUUAAACCAAGCCUGCAUUUAUUUGAUCUGAAGUACAGCAAAAACUAAAAAAUCUGAAAUAUUUUUACUGUUUAAAAACGCUGUUUUCUAUUUGAAUAUGUUUUAAAAUAUAAUUUAUUCCUGUGAUCAGAGUUGGAUUUUUAUCAUCAUUACUCCAGUCACAUGAUCCUUCAGAAAUCAUUCUAAUAUGCUGAUUUGCUGUUCAGUAACAUUAUUAUUAAUAUUUAAAACAGUUGAGUACUUUUUUAGGAUUCUUUGAAUAAAAAGCUUUUUUUAAAUUAUACACAAUACCAUUCAAAAGCUUGGAGCCAGUAUUAUUUUUAUUUUUUAUUUUUUGUUUGUUUAAAAAAAAAAAAUAAUUUUAAAUUAGCAGGGAUCUAUUUAUUAAAGAAACCUGAAAAAAAUUCUACUCAGCUGUUUUCAACAUAAAAAUAAUAUUAAAUGUUUUUUGAGCAGCAAAUCAGAAUAUUAGAAUGAUUUCUGAAGGAUCAUGUGACUGGAGUAAUGAUGCUAAAAAUUCAGUUUUUAAAUCACACGAAUAAAUUACAUUUUAAAAUAUAUUCAAGUAGAAAGCAGUUAUUUUAAAUAGCAAAAACAUUUUUACAAUUUUACUGUUUUUGCUGUACUUUGAAUCAAAUAAAUGCAGGCUUGGUGAGCAGAAGAGACUUCUUUAAGACACAUAAAAACUGGUAGUGUGUGUGUAUAUAUAUAUACAUAGAUAUUACAAUACUGGCAAUUUAGGGAAGCAUAUGUAAAAAAUAAAUAAAGCCAUAAUGUGAAAAAGGCCAAUUUCAGAGUGAAAUAUGACCUGGACUUCUCAUAGUUACCCAGUAAUGUUUGGAGAUGAAAGAUACCAUCUAUCCACAUGUUCUCCGUAUUAUGAAACAAACAAGUAUGUUUUGAUAAGUUGAUGUAAGUGCCUUCUGGGAUGUGUUUUUAGGGUUGGAAGCUUGCCGCAAUUCAUGCGAUGCUGAAAUCCUAUAUAUUGUAAAUGAAUGCCAGAUUUAAAGACUGCAAUCAAUCAACAAUAUUAAGAAAAGAAGAAAAACAAGAUCGCAAAUUGCCCCCACGUGAUGUUUCUUAAUUGCUCCACAUUAUGGUGCAAGUCAUUAUUAACUCAUCAGCUGUGGAUGUGAUUUCCGAGCUGAUCUGAACUUGUUAUUCAUUCACUCUGAAUGUUGUGUCGUGUUGUCAGGUGACACUAUGUGUAUGAAAACCACUCGGACAGACAGAUCGCUUCUGCCUGGCGUUUUUAGUGUAAAAACUGCAACAGGUUCAUAUCACAUCACAUAACUGCUGUACUCUUUGUCAAAACUUGUGAGAACGAACUGUACUCUCUACUUUCUGUUUAGUUUGUUAUAUACUAUGGAUGGAAAACCAGUGCUAUCCUGUGAUGGUGUGUAUCUUGACGUGACGUGUCCUGUGUGUGAGAUACCGGUAUAUAUAUAUAUAUAUACUGUAUAUGUAUGUAUUUAUCACUAAGAAAUCCAGUGAAAGAAAAGUGUUAUUUAUCGGUACUGUAAAUAACAGAUGUAGUGGUCAGUUAAUGGCCAGCACCAAAUAUACAAGCAGAUGUAGUAUUAAUAGCCCAGAGUAGACAAGAGAAUAACCUCAGCUGCCUUGAGUCGGUGAUUUAGACAGGCGGGAAUCCUGCGCGUUCAGCAGAUGUAGCUUCCCAGACGCACACUAGUUAGUAACUGGCACACGGCCUGCGAUGAAAGUACAGUAUGGAUUGACGUUCGCACACUAACUUUUUGCACUGACAACUUUUUGCUCUCUCAGCCCUCAACAACAUGACACACACUCUCACCCCUCAACAUGACAAAAUGUCAACACUAGAUAAACACACACACUUGACUGUAGCGGGUGAAUUUCGUGCUCGUGUCCUGGUUAUAUGACGGCCGUGACUCAAAAGAGAGAAAUAAUGUUAUAUUAUGUUUAAAGGCAAUUUUAGCUUAUUUUUUAUCACAGUAUUUUCAUAGUAGCGAACAGUGACAUUGUGUACAUGUUAUUUUCAGGCCAGGAAAAGUAUGAAAAUUAAUGAAAUGUUAUGUCAUGGAAAUAAAUGGGUUCAAAUGUUUUUGUAUUGAUGUUAAUUUUUCUUUUGGUUAUAAAAUAAUAUUGUUUACAUUUUAAAAUAAUUAUCCGAAUUAUUAAAAAAAAUGAAAAAUCAACAUGUAAAGAGUUUGCAGUCUAGUUGUGAAUUUUGUCAUUCAUUUUUUAUUUUAUAUUUUGAAUUAGAAAAUGUGAAAUACACACACACACACACACACACACAUAUAUAUAUAUAUAUACAUAUAUAUAUAUAUAUAUAUAUAUAUACUACCGUUCAAAAGUUUGGGGUCAGUAAGACUUGUAAUAGUCUUUAAAGUAGUCUCUUAUGCUCAUCAAGGCUGCAUUUAUUUGAUUAAAAAUGUAGAAAAAAACCCCAGUAAUAUUGCAAAAUGUUUUUACAAUAUAAAAUAUUGUUUUUUUAUUUUAACAUACUUUAAAAUAGAAUUUAUUCCUGUGAUGAAAAGCUGAAUUUUUAUCAGCUGUUACUCCAGUCUUAAGUGUCACAUGAUCCUUCAGAAAUCAUUCUAAUAUGCGGAUUUAUUAUUAGAAUGAUCAGUGUUGGAUAAUAUCAACAGUUGUGCUGCCAAAUAUUUUUUGGAACCUGUGAUUUUUUUUUUUUUUUUUUUUUUUUUUUCAGGAUUCUUUCAUGAAUAACAAGUUUAAAAAUCACAGUGUUUAUUCAAAAUAUAAAUAUUUUAUAACAAUGUAAAUUAUUUAUUAUUAACUUUUGAUAAACUUUUAAUUAUUAACUUAAUACAUCCUUGGUGAAUAAAAGUAUUAA